AUGACCUCGCUCACCGAGGCGGGCAGCCCACUGGGGAAUGUCGACAGCUGCAAAAGCUCCAAGCUGCAUCUCCACAGCGUCCCAAAGAGAGGUACGGCACCGACCAUGGCGACCACAGACAAGGCGCCGGCUCAGAGUGCCAAAGAUGCGACGCCCACAAACCCGCGGGGGAUCCCGUACGCGCCGUUCGUCGACAAUGUCGAAGACUACGUCGCCACACGCCAGGAUGUCGAGCCCACGCUGCGGAGCUUCCAGGAAAUGAUUUCGAAGUACCAGUUCAUGGAGAUGAACCUCCAACGACGGAUGGGGGGACUGAAGGACAAGAUACCCGACAUUCAAAAGACGCUAGACACAGUUCAGUUCUUGAAGUCGAGAAAGGACGAGAUCGAGCCUAUAGAAUCCACCUUUGAGCUCAACGAGACGCUCUACGCCAGAGCGAACAUUCCGCCUACGGACGAGGUUUACAUUUGGCUAGGGGCCAACGUCAUGCUCUCGUAUCCGGUCGACGAAGCUGAAACGUUGCUGACGUCCAAGCUGUCGACGGCCAAAACGAGUUUGUCCAACUGCGAGGAGGACUUGGACUUUCUACGGGAACAGAUUACGACUAUGGAGGUUGCCAUUGCGCGGGUAUACAAUUGGGAAGUCGUCCAGAAGCGAAAGGACAAGGCGAGCGAAGAAGAGGAGAAGACGCAGUCCAAGGAGAGUGAGCAAUGAGUGCGAGCCGAGGUCGUAGAAAGGCUGCCUUGGAUGCACAAAUGAUAUCCUGUCUUGUACGCGGCUACAGCCCACGUCUGCCCGAUAGAGGCGAAUUAAAUGAUGACAAAAACGAC